AUACUACGUGUCUACAGUCAGCACAAGAAACCACCAGCACCGUUUACUUUUCCUCUUAACCACGUAUUGCUCUUCACCUACGACUGCUCUACAAAGCCAGACGAUAAGUAGUGUCCACUCCAGCAAGGCAAGCCAGAGAUCGAUCGGCCAUGGCAAUCGCUUUGGCAGCCUUCCUGCUGCUGCUAACGCUCGCAGCUGUCUUCCUUCUCCACGCUCAUGCCCAUGUCCAUACUCAUGCCUGGAGACUCCGCAAGGCGGCGGCGCCGUACCCUCUGCUCGGCCACCUUCCGCAGUUCCUGGCGAACCGGCACCGCAUACUGGACUGGAUGACCGAGGUGCUCGCGCGCCAGCCCACCUGCACGCUCGUCUUCCACCGCCCGGGCGGCGAGCGCGGCAUCAUCACCGCCAACCCGGCCAACCUGGAGCACGCCAUGCGCCCCGGCUUCCACAACUACCCCAAGGGCCCGCGCUUCACGUCGGCGCUCCACGACUUCCUCGGCCACGGCAUCCUCAACGUCGACGGCCAGGCGUGGCGCGCGCAGCGCAAGGCCGCGAGCUACGAGUUCAACACGCGCUCGCUGCGCCUCUUCGUCGCCCGCACCGUGCACGGCGAGCUCCACGGCAGGCUGCUCCCGCUCCUGCGCCGCGCCGCCGCCUCCGGCCGCACGGUCGACCUGCAGGACGCGCUCGAGCGCUACGCGUUUGAUAACAUCUGCCGCGUCGCCUUCGACCACGACCCCCGGCAGCUCCCGGACGAGGAUGAUGCCGCGACCGAGAGUACUGAGAGCAGCAGGUUCGCCGACGCGUUCCGUGACGCCGCCAAUCUCAGCGCGGGCAGGUUCCGUUACGCCGUCCCGGGGCUCUGGAAGAUAAAGAAGGCGCUCAACAUGGGCUCCGAGCGGCGCCUCUGCGAGUCCAUCGCCGUGGUGCACGGCUUCGCCGAUGCCAUCAUCCGGGCGCGGCGGGAGGAGAUGGGCACGGGCUGCGAGAAGCACGACCUGCUGUCGCGGUUCAUGGCGAGCGAGCUGGGGCUGGGCGAGAGGAGCCACACCGAUGCGGACCUCCGCGACGCGGUGAUCAGCUUCCUGCUCGCCGGCCGGGAGACGACGUCCUCCGCGCUCACCUGGUUCUUCUGGCUGCUGUCCUCGCGCCCGGACGUGGUGCGCCGCAUCCGCGACGAGGUCGCCGCCGUGCGCGCCCGCCGUCCCGGCAGAGGAGCCGGGUUCGACCUCGACGAGCUGAGGGAGAUGCACUACGUGCACGCGGCCAUCACGGAGUCGAUGCGGCUGUACCCGCCGGUGCCGGUGAACUCGGUGCAGGCGCGGGCGGCGGACGUUCUGCCCGACGGCACGGCGGUGGGGGCGGGGUGGUUCGUGUCGUACAACGCGUACGCGAUGGGGCGGAUGGAGUCGGUGUGGGGCGAGGACGCGCGAGCGUACCGGCCGGAGCGGUGGCUGGACACGGCGGAGGGGACGUUCCGGCCGGAGAGCCCGUUCAGGUACAUCGUGUUCCAUGCUGGGCCGAGGAUCUGCCUCGGCAAGGAGAUGGCCUACAUCCAGAUGAAGUCCGUCGUGGCGUGCGUGGUGGAGGAGUUGGAGCUGGCCGUCGACGGCGAGUACACGCCGCGCCAGGUGGCCUCGCUGACGCUGCGGAUGGCCGACGGGCUCCCGGUCAGGGUCAAGCCUUUUCCUACGUACGUAGAGGGAAAUUGAGUAGCUAAUAAGUACGAACCGGAUGGAGGGUACAGAAGAACGUUAGUGAGUAAGAUGGAUUCCGUAUAUUUGUGUCCAAUAAUCAAAGUGGUCUAUUUCUUA